AUGGCAUACUUUCUCUGGGAUGAUGAUGGUGUCGCGCAGUUUGUGAAACGGUUUGAGCCUGAGUUUGAAGAGAAGUUCCAUGCUCUUCCGAGCGAUGUGGAGAGGUCGGAUGUAUUUCGGGUCUUGGUAGCGAAAUGGAUAGGCGGUAUUUACGGCGACAUGGACACCGAGCCACUUCGAAACCCGUCAACCUGGAUCGCUCCUGGUGAUCUUCUGAAAUGGAAGGACCCAGAGACCAACGAAAUGUACAGUGCAACUGGGACAGUACGAGCUAUUGUGGGCCUGGAGGCGGAUUGUCCUCCCCAGGGUGAUGAGUAUUGGCGCAUGGGCUAUGCGCAGCCUGUCCAGCUGACACAAUGGGCGUUUGCGUCGGCGCCAAGGCAUCCCAUCUUUCAGAGAUUCAUCGAUCGCCUUUCCGCAAGCCUUGACCCAUUCUUACACGGUAAUGGUAGUGCAGUACAGAUAAAGGCCCCGCAGGAGACACUGCAAGGUUUAGACCCGCUUGUUCUUACAGGCCCGGCCGCUUUUACAGAGGUAGUGAAGGGAUGGUUGGCGACAACCACUGGCCUUCGAUGGAAUGCGCUAUCUGGCUUGGACGAUGGAGGGGAAAGCAAAGUGGUUAGGGAUAUCUUAGUCCUCCCUAUUACUGGAUUCAGUCCCGGGAGAGGCAGGUAUGGGAACAUGGGGUCGAAGCCCAUCAGUGACCCGUCGGCACGUUUGUUUCAUCAUGCACAGGGGUCAUGGAGGAGGCUUGACAUCAAGGUUGAGUUGGGAAAGUUUUGUCGAACGAUAUUUGGGCUCUACCUCAGUGCGACAGCUAUACCCAUUUAUCUGGUCCUAAGACCGUCGCCUACUCCUACAAUGCGCAUUAUGGGGGUUGUGCGGCGUUUCGGACGCAAAGUUCAAGGACAAAGUUUUAGGCGCCUCGCAGUCUCGCUUUCGUUCGGAAUAAUAGCUACGACUUUCACCCUGUACAUUGUUCUUGCCUAUUACUUAGCAAAUGACCCACGCCUCGUUCCGACUGCCUUCCAGCAAGCUCGGAGCUUCCUACUCGUCACGGCACAUCCAGAUGACGAGACGCUUUUUUUCAGUCCCAGUAUCACCUAUGGCCGAGAAAACCCGGAUGUGAAGCGCUCUUUGCUAGUCAUAUCUUCCGGGAACUACGAUGGACUGGGAGAAAAGCGACAAAAGGAGCUCCAUAACAGUUGCGCACGCAUAGGCAUCUCAGAAGACCGUUGUGUUGUACUGGACGAUGCAGACCUUCAGGACAACCCUAAGAAGUGGUGGGACGAAGAGAGAAUAAAGGACCUUGUUUCCGCACACGUGGACAAGUGGCACGUGGAUGUGAUUUUGACAUUCGACCAAGGCGGCAUAUCUGGCCAUAUCAACCAUCGAUCGGUCAGCGCGGGCGUACGGAAAUACGUCCAAAGCACGCCCCAAGCGCCCGUGACAUACAUGCUGCAAAGCACACCUCUGUUACGAAAAUACUCGUCACUUCUUGACCUCAUCCCCUCCUCGAUCCCAUUCUCCUGGCGCAUCCUCAAAGCCUUCCUCACCACGCCUAUAAACACGCCGAUUGAACGGCGCGCAGUACACGACGUCGUUCCCUUGGACAAAUAUAAUGGCAAGGCGCUUCUAGUCAGCUCAUGGAAGACAUACAAGGUCUCACGAGCCGCAUUCAGCCAACAUGAGAGCCAUAUACGCUGA